UGAAAAAGAAUGCAAGUGAAAGAAAAAGAGAAUUUUAUGUGCAGAGUGUUAGGUUCAUUUCCAUGUUUGCUUUGAAUUUACUAAUCUGCUUCUAGGUUUCUAGUUCUUCAUUUACAUCUAUAGAGCCAAGGGUAUUUUGGUGAUACUGCGUCUUGCAGCAAUUCUUCAGAGAAUUUCUUAAUAGGUCUUUAGGGAUGUCAUUUACCAUAUGUUUGGGUCUUCAAAUUUUUGGGAAAAGGAGGUUAAGAGAAAAGCGUAACUACAUCUCAAAUUUCCUCACUUUAUCUGGAAGGCAAUUGAAAAAUCUGCGGAAAUUGGCUUGUAUGGAUAUGCUGUAUAAGGUAGGGGAAAUGGAUCAGCUUGAUAUGGUGAAUAAGCAUACUUGGUGAUCUGUCAAUUAAUCCCAUUGUUGAAUGAAUACCCUAUUCUAUUAUAGGUAUCAAUUUUGCAUGAGCAUGCCACAGAUUUGAAUGUUGCUUUUCUUGAACCUAUCUCUUCCAACAUGAUGAAAGAAAGAAGCCAGUGUUAGGUUAGAUAGAAAGCUUUGGCCACUUUACCAGGAGCUGCUGGUUUGUAUUUCUGAUUACAACUGCCACUUCCAUUUUAAUUACCACCAUCAAACCCUCUCCAUGACAUAUCUCUUGCCUUAUUUGACUAAACAACUCCAUAUCUUGGAGGUCACUGAUCUGUCCUUAUAUGAUAAAUGUUGGGAUCACUGACCAAGUUGAGUAAGAGAUCGCUUUAGUUGAUUUUGAGGGAGGGAUGGAGGGAGAUGGUGAAUAGCGAUGCUGGGUUUAAGAGGAUGGUAAGGUGUUUUCAUGCCGUAAAACAUAGGACAUUGAAGCUUUUGUGAUGGAAGAAGGAGAUUCUGCUGUAAGGAGAUGGGAGGACCUUGAUAACGAUAUCUUGGUGAAGAUAUUGCAGUCCUUUGACCUGUUUGAGUUGACUUCUGGACUUGCUCAAGUUUGUAGUUCGUGGCGAUUAGCUUGCUCUGAUCAACUUCUCUGGAAAACGCUGGACUUGUCUGUAAUAAAAUCAAAUUUCAUCAAAAUCCCGUUAGAGCCGUACGUAUAUGUGGACUGUCAGUCUGAUAAAACAUUAACCCGCCUCCUGAGGAUUGCUUUGAACCUCAGUCGUGGAAACAUACUAACGUUAAUCUUCCAUUACAAUCUGUAUGUCAGCGACGAUCAGUUGACUUAUACUGCCGAGAGGUGUCCGCGGCUUAAACGUCUUGUUAUGCCAGCUUGGAACAGAAUAAAAAAGACAGGAAUAUGCAGGGCUAUUCGUAUAUGGGAAGAUCUUGAAUCACUGACGAUGCCUAGCAUAGCAAAUCCACCAUACGUCAUGGAGGAAAUUGCAAGGAAUUGCAAAAAUUUUGCUGAGCUCAAGAUUAUGGGGCCAUGUGAUAUUCUCUUUGCAUCUACACUGGUAGCAUUUCUUCCAAACUUGAAAGUGCUGAGUGUGCGGUGCACAGUGCUAUCUAAAGGCGCCUUAGUUAUUAUCUUGGAGGGCUUAAAAAAGUUGGAAGUGCUCAAUAUAUCUCAUUGCCUGAUCACUGAAGUCCCUCCAUCUUCACCUAAAAGAGUUCUGACCAAGCUUGACGAAUCAAUUCUUGAAAAAGCCUCUAGAUUACGCAAAUUCCUAACUUGCAUGAGUGAUUCUUGCAUCAUGUGUCAGCGCACUCGAAAUGAUGAAGGGCUGAUGAGGUGGUAUAAAUAUGAAGAAGACCUCUGGAAAGUGGAUGAGGUGAGAUCUCUUGCAAUUUAACAACUUUUAAGGAUAUAUUGCUUUUCAUAAGUUAUAUACCUUGUUAAAGGUCCAGUGAAUGUUGUAAACUUGUGUAUAUGAAGCAAAAUAAAACCUUUGUCAUUGUUAAUGGAAGUGAAUCAGCUUCCGGUUGCUAGCCGCAGGUGGAGAGUAGCUUUGUAGUAUAGGAGACAUAUAAAACUGUAUCAUCAUGCACAUGGGAGAGUAAUGUUACUUUCUUGUUGUAAUUUUGUAACAUUAGUGUAUUUUCUUCGGCAGGAUUGUUUUCCUGUUCUAUCACA